AUGCAGUCCGUAAUCAUCGUCGGUGCAGGACCGUCCGGCCUUCUCUUAGCUUUGUAUCUAUCACGAGCAGGCAUCAAUGUCCGAGUCCUGGAGGCUUCCACCAAGCCAGACAGGCAGCCGAGAGCAACACACUACGGCCCAGCUGCCGUGCAUGAGUUACGUCGGUCUGGGAUUCUAGAGGCAAUGAAGCAGAGAGGAAGCUUCUCACCGAAGACCGUAUCAUGGCGUGCAUGUGAUGGGUCGCUACUAGCUGCCCUGCCAAAGCCACCUCCUCCGUCCAGUUCCAGUGGUAACGCAGCUCCGCCGGACGGCGUUGUAAGCUUGCCGCUGAACCUCGUGGUAGAGAUCCUAAUGGACGCCAUCGAGGCCCAGCCGACCGCUCAGGUGGAGUUUGGCUGCCGCGUUGUUGAUGUCGGCCAGGACUCGGAGGGUGACUCUGCUUGGGUCGAAGCCGUGAAGGACAGUGACGGUGAGAAACAAACUCGCAUUGAGGCAUCGUAUAUCGUUGGCUGCGAUGGUGCCAGCAGCUCGGUCCGUAACUCGCUCUUCGCCAAGUCAUUCCCGGGCUACACGUGGGACACUUGGCUCGUCGCAGUGAACGUACACUUUCAUGACGUUGAGGCAUACAAUAUGGCCUUGUCUGAUGUCAAUUUCCUAAUCCACCCCAGCAACUGGUGUAUGAUAGCCCGGGUUGGUGGUCCUGAGAGUUUGUUCCGAGUCACCUACGGUGAACCAGGGAACAUGUCCAAAGAAGCGUGUGCCGACAAAGAGAGGACUCUCGAACGGCUGCAGGCUAUCUUGCCCGCUCACUUAUCAGACCGUUCCCAGUUUGAAGUGGUUUCGUCAAGUCCCUACCGUGUCCACCAGCGAUGCGCACCAAAGUUUCGGGUCGGUCGUGUCUUGUUGGCAGCAGACGCCGCUCAUCUAUGCAAUCCCAUGGGCGGAAUGGGGCUUACCAAUGGAAUGGUUGACGUCGGUGGCCUGGCAGACUGUCUUAUCGGGAUUCAUCGCGGAGUUGCGGGGGAAGACAUACUUGACAAGUAUGACUCCGUUCGUAGGGGCAUAUUUCAGAAUGUUGUGGACAGCAUCACCGCCGCGAACCUCAAGCGGAUUAUGCAAGAUUCGAGUGAAGCCCUUGAGGCAGAUCCAUUCCUUCGAGCCUGUCGCGAGGCGUCACAGAGCCCUGAGAAUGCCGCCAUGUUGGCAAACGUUAUGAGGGCUCCGGCAAAGCUAAAGCACGACUUCACUCAGUAUUAUGUUUCUGAGCCCGAAAACAGCUCUCAAGGCUGCGACCUUGGUAUGACAUUCUCCCCCUCGAGUUCCUCGCGGCAGGUUCCAGUAUGCUAUGAAUCCUCGAUGGCCGAUGACAAGCCCAUCCGCGUAUCGCACUGGCGGCUCGUCCGUGAGCCUGCGCUGGUUACCCACGAGAUAGUCACGCACGACUGGAAGGGCGAAGGGACCUCUGAUGAUCCUUACCUCAUCGACUUCAUUCCCAAUGAUCCACGGAACCCAGUCAACAUGCCCACAGGCGCACGGUGGCUCGUCGCAGCCCUCAACGCCUUCGCAACCCUAGCGAUGACAUUUGCCUCGUCCGCCUACACAAGCAGUGUGGGAAACCUGCAGAAAGAGCUGGGCGUCAGCAAUGAGACCGCCUUUCUGGGCACGUCGCUCUUCGUACUGGGGUUCGCUCUGGGCCCGCUGGUGUGGGCGCCGCUGAGCGAGGCAUUCGGCCGGCGUCCCGUGUUCCUGGCCACGUAUGGCGCCUUCGUGGCGUGCAACGUCGCCGCCGCGCUGCCGGACAACAUCUUUGUCAUUGUCGUGUUUCGCGGCUUGGGCGGCGCGCUGGGCUCCUCGUCGCUAGUGAACUCUGGCACAGUGGUCGCGGACAUGUUCUCGCUUGCGGACCGUGGCCGUGUCAGUGCUGUGUUCUCUGGCGCUCCGUUCCUGGGCCCGGUGGUUGGUCCUAUUAUUGGUGGGUUCCUGAGCCAAAGCUCGGGCUGGAAGGGCGUUGGCGUCCUCAUUACUGGGGUGACGGGUGCUUUGUGGAUGCUGUACUACUUCCUCGUCCCGGAGACCUAUGCCCCUGUUCUCUUGCGGAUGCGAGCUACACUCCUAACGAGGACGGACCCACGGGGGAAAGUCUUUCAAUCUCGCAUGGAUAAGGCUAAGGGUGUCAAGUCUACUUGGGAAUUGUUGAAGACAUCCAUGGUCCGGCCAUUCUUGCUCCUCUUCUCGGAAACAAUCGUCAGCAUUCUUUCUCUUUACAUGGCCAUCAUAUUUGGAGCCAUGUACAUGAUGUUCGCUGAGUUUCCUAUCGUCUUCCAGCAAGGCUUCGGCCUGUCACCUGGCUUUAGUGGCCUUGCAUUCCUUGGCAUUGCAAUUGGGAUGGUCUUUGCCCUUGUCUUCAUGCUCUUCCAAAACAGGGCAUAUAUCAAGAUAGCCAAGGCCUCACCUGGUGGAAGAGCUCCGCCUGAGACCCGGCUUGGACCUGCGCGUCUGGGUGCUGUCAUGGCACCCAUCGGCCUGGCCAUCUUUGCCGUGACGAACUCUCCAGAAUUUCCAUUCGUUGUUCCAGUUGCAGCAACCGUACCGUUUGGCUUCGGCAUGGUCAUCAUCUUUCUCAGCCUCCUCAACUACCUGGUCGACACAUACACUGUGUACGCCGGCUCAGCCAUCGCCGCAGCCACUGCAAUACGAUCUAUAUUCGGAGCUGUCUUCCCCUUGUUCACCAGGAUCAUGUUCGAAAAGCUCGGAGUUCAUGCUGGUGCAGCUGUGCCAGCAGCUUUGGCAGCGAUAUGCGUCCCGUUCCCCUUUCUCUUCAUUCGAUACGGCAAGCAGAUACGAGAAAAGGCAAAAUUCGCCACAGAAGCCAGAGCAUUGGCGCUGAAAAUGAUGGGACAGGCAAAGCCCGAAGAGAAGAAGCCCCGACCAUUGUCUGAUGGCCAUGGACCGACGGGCAAGGAAGAAUGGCAAUGCUAUGGGAGGUAUUGUCUCGGGUGCAGUGUCGAUGAAGAGAACCUGUUCACCUGCAGGAAUGCAAGUCUGUAUGAAGAUAAAGGGAACGCAAGCUUGUACGAUGAGAAGAUUUCAAAUAAGUAA